UUUAUGUUGGAAAUUUUGACAAUGGCAGAGACAAAUAAAGGAAGUGAAGAAGAAGUGGCGAUUGCUUUUGUGAAUCACUACUACCAUCUCUUUGACAACGAUCGAUCAUCUCUUUCCACUCUCUACAAUCCUACCUCGUUGCUCACUUUUGAAGGCCAAAAGAUAUGCGGCGUGGAAGACAUCUCCAAUAAGCUUAAACAACUCCCGUUCGACCAAUGCCGUCAUUCGAUCAGCACCGUUGAUUCUCAGCCGUCUUCAAUAGCCGGUGGAUGUGGUGGGAUAAUCGUCUUUGUGAGUGGCAGCCUCCAACUUCAUGGGGAGGAUCAUCCUCUUAGGUUUAGUCAGACGUUUCACUUGAUUCCGGUUCUACAAGGAAGUUUCUUCGUCCAAAAUGAGAUGUUUCGGCUCAACUAUGGUUGAAACUUAUUACAACUUUAACGUUUGUAAUCAAUAUCUUAAUAUUGGAAACUCCAACUAAUAAUGUAGUCAAAAUAAUGAAAAAUUAUCUUUCAUUGUGACUUAUAAGAUA